AUGAACACCGCCCUGAUGUUAUACAAGAGUUUGCACCCGAGUACCGAUCAUUUCUCGUUUGCCACCCGAGACAUCUCCAUCUCUGCCAUCACGAAGCGAUCAGUGCUGUCGCUGACCGCGAGAUUGUUCGACCCGCUGGGGUGGCUAGCACCAAUAAUCGUGCGCGCUAAGAUCCUUUUCCAAUCAACCUGGCUGCAUGGACUCGACUGGGACACUCCGCUGAAAGAUCCGGAUGCGAAGCUCUGGAUUGACUUCCAGGAGGACUUGCCGAGGUUGGAAGAAAUACAGAUCCCCCGAUACCUGCCGCUGAGACAGCCAGGAAGCUCUAUAGAGCUGCAUGGCUUCGCCAGCGCCUCAGAAAACACAGAGGUGACGUUAAUCUCAGCAAAAACGAAAGUGGCCCCCUUAAAACAAGUCACGUUACCAAAGCUGGAGCUUUGCGCGGCCGAACUGCUCGUCCGGCUCACCGCUCACCUCCGCGACACUGUCGAGGCACGACAGGCUCCCGUGCACCUCUGGUCGGACUCCACGGUCGUCCUUGGUUGGAUCCGCGGUCAUCCGUCAAGAUGGCAAACGUAUGUAGCCAAUAGAGUGUCGGCCAUCCAAACGACGCUUCCCACCGCUCAGUGGCAUUACGUCCCGGGCGAAGAUAACCCUGCCGACUGUGCGUCGCGCGGAAUCUCGGCGGGCCAGCUGGCGACUCACUCGCUGUGGUGGAAGGGCCCCGCCUGGCUGCGAUCUGGCCCUGAGAACUGGCCGUCCACCAGCGGCUCUCCUUUGCUCCAGGAGCUUCCCGAGGCGCGAAUGAGAGUCUAUGCCCUCCUACAGCAGCCUAAAGUGGAGGAACCUAUUGAACUCUGCCGCUUUUCCUCGCUACAUCGUCUGAUCAGAGUUACCGCUUGGAGCCGACGGUGGCUUCGACACUUUCAACGAACCUCUGGAACUCAGAGACAUCCGCAGCAUCCACUCACGAUCACCGCCGCUGAAUACGACGAAGCGAUGCUGAUGUCGAUACAGAGAGUCCAGGCGUUGCACUACCACAACGAACUCGAUACGCUCAUCAAGAGGAGGGCGUUACCAGGGGUCGCACCUCAGCAGGCUGGUCGUCGACACGAACCAUCGGAGGACGCUCCAUGGCGGUGUACAGCUGACGCUGGGCUCGAUUCAGCAGCAAUUCUGGAUUCCUCGAGGCCGCUCACUGGUCAAGGCGACGAUCCGACGCUGCAUACCCUGUGUGCGAUGGCGGGCGGCGACCCUCAGCAGCUCAUGGGAAACUUGCCGUCGAAGCGACUCACGCCAACGCGGCCCUUCCUCAACUCGGGGGUCGACUACGCCGGGCCCGUCCUCCUGCGGACUGCGAAGGGCCGAGGCCACCGAGCUUACAAGGUCUUUAUCGCAGUUUUCGUCUGCUUCUGCACGAGGGCUGUGCAUUUAGAGGUGGUGUCCGGCUACACGGCCGACGCCUUUCUGGCGGCCUUGCGACGCUUCACGUCGCGCCAAGGUCUCUGUUGCAGCAUAACCAGCGAUUGCGGCACCAACUUCGUGGGGGCGGACAGGCAACUGAGGGCGUUAUUUUCGGCCAGUCACCCGGAACAACGCCGCACCGUCGAGGGGCUGGCCGGCGAGCGCAUUCGAUGGCAGUUCCAUCCACCGGCGGCGCCUCAUUUCGGCGGGCUCUGGGAGGCGGCGGUUAAAUCAGUGAAGCACCAUCUCCGACGGGUCGUAGGAGAGGCCACCUUGACUUACGAGGAGAUGAGCACUCUCCUCGCUCAGGUGGAGGCCUGCUUGAAUUCGAGGCCGUUGUAGGCCCUGUCCGAUGACCCUGGAGACCUGGAGGCGCUGACACCGGGUCACUUUUUGAUCGGAUCGGCCAUCAACGCUGUUCCUGAGCCGAGCCUGCGCGAGGUGCCAAUGAAUCGCUUGAACCGAUGGCAGAUGAUCCAAAAGAUGCGCGACCACUUCUGGGAGAGAUGGUCGCAGGAAUACGUAAAUUCUCUCAUGCCGAGGCUAAAAUGGACAGCCCUCAAUGCCCAGGUGGAGGUUGGCCGGCUCUGCUUACUCUGGAUCGAAAACUCCCCGCCAACUCGCUGGCCGCUAGCGCGUAUCGUCGAGGUUGAUCCUGGAGAUGACGGGAACGUUCGCGUCGUCACCGUGCGGACUCCCACGGCGACGCUUAAACGACCGAUCGUGAAGCUCGUUCUCCUGCCACUAAGCGACACCGAGAAUUAA